GAAAAAAAAAUCGAAUCAAAGAAAAUCGAAUCGAGAAGAGUUGGGAGAAAAGGAAAAUCUCAUCUUCCCCUCGACGACAAAACAAAACCACCACCCUUAGGGUUAAAAAAAGUUUACUUAUCUUUAUUAUUAUUCUCUCUACUCGUUUUUCCCUUUAGUUCCGAUUUCGAUUUUCUCUUUCUCCGAUUUAGACACACACAGAGAGAGUAGGGUUUCUAAUUUUCGGAUCUGUACUUUUUUUUUGCGAUGGAUGCUCGUAAGAGAGGACGGCCUGAAGCUGCUGGCUCAUUCAACAACUCCAAUGGCGGCGGAUUCAAGAAGUCUAAGCAAGAGAUGGAAUCUGGUUUAGGAAGCAAAUCGAAGCCAUGCACAAAAUUUUUCAGCACUUCUGGCUGUCCUUUUGGUGAGAACUGCCAUUUCUUGCACUAUGUUCCCGGAGGAUACAAUCCCGUAUCACAGAUGACCAACAUGGGAUCACCCAUGUCUCAAGUUUCCAGAAACAUGCAAGGAUCUGGUGGUGGUGGUGGUGGGGGGCGGUUCACAGGGAGAGGAGAGUCUGGGCCUGGCCAUGUCUCUAGCUUCGGUGCCUCAGCCACAGCCAAAAUCAGCGUGGAUGCUUCCUUGGCAGGCGCAAUCAUUGGAAAAGGUGGAGUCAGUUCGAAACAGAUAUGUCGUCAGACAGGAGCAAAGUUAUCGAUACAAGAUCACGAGAGAGAUCCGAACCUGAAGAACAUUGAGCUUGAAGGAACAUUUGAGCAGAUAAACGAAGCGAGCGCAAUGGUUAGAGAGCUGAUUGGGAGGCUUAAUUCGGCAUCUAGGAGACCACCUGGUGUUGGCGGCGGCGGCGGUCUUGGUUCGGAAGGGAAACCGCAUCCAGGGAGCAACUACAAGACGAAGAUGUGUGAGAGAUUCUCGAAAGGAAACUGUACAUUUGGUGAUAGAUGUCACUUUGCACACGGCGAAGCAGAGCUACGCAGGUCAUGAAUUGUUGCCUAGAGUUUGCUGGUGGAGUUAGAGAAUUCAAGUCUCUUUCAUUUGUGGUGGUGAUCUUUAGUAUUAUCUUUCCCCUACUUGUCUUUUUAGCUGUCUUUCUUCAUGAGAGAAUACAAUGUCAUUUUAAAGUGUUCCCUAUUUGUUUUUUUUUUUAGAAUCUAGUUUGAUUUGUAUGCUGUCUUUACUUGAUAUUCCAUGUUUUCUCUGUUUUUUUUUUUUAUUUUGGUCAUCUGAAUUUCAUUAAGUUUAAGAA